UUCCCUUUCUGUUUUUUAAACCCCCAAGUCCAUAUUUGGUAAAUGACGUAACGGGACACCCAGAGAUCCCCUUUAUAACCAUACUGCACCAUCCACUAGCUAUUUACAAGAAAUGAGAGGCGGAACAGACAAGGGUUAACAGGCAGAAAUGAGGGGAAAUAUUCAUAAUGUUUGAGAGUCAGUUAGGCACAAAACUGGAAAACGUGACUUGAAUUCAUAACAAGUUCAAGUCGGCUGAUCUCCAGCUCAGAGGCAGAAUGACUGCUAAAGUGGCCGACGAGGUGUCCGUGUCCCUCAGCAGCGCUGUGGACGGUAUUCCUAAAGAUGUGUACGGAGCGGAGGGGGGGUCGUCCUCACAGGCGUCGCUUGUCUUUAAGCAGGAGGCUGCAGGGGAAGAAGAACAUGGAGGGAAACAGGAUGAGAGUGAAGGCGGUGAUCUUCUGUUCGAGGAGAAGAGCGCACCUGAGCUGCUGCUGCAGGGCGACUUGGCGCAGUACGUGGCAACUUUACGCACGCACCCUGUGGCGCUGACCGGCAAGUUCUCGGUGGAGUCCAGAGGCGCAGGAGGACCGUGGACUCCGGGGGACGUCAUCAACGUGGUCAGCGCUGACAUCGCCGCCCCGGGGCCGCUCACGGUGUCUGAAUCGUCUUCAGCAUCACCCGAUAUUUACGCAGGAGGAGGAGGAGGAGGACACGCAGGGGACAGCACCAUGGCGCACGGUCAGCCGGACCUCAGCCACAUGUACGCGCCCCCUCAUACCCACCCUCACCCGGCCCCUUCCUACUCCUGCAGCGGGGACAUGUACCAGGAUCAGUCAGCAGGGGGGUACCUGGCGACGUCCACCUGCGCCGUGUCCUACCACCCGCCGCCGUCCUACAGCUCUGCGCCCAAACCGAGUGUGGACGGCGCCGCGCUGCUGUCCAUCAUGCCCGAGUACGGAGGCUUCUACCAGCAGAGCUGCCAGAGAGAUAUCCAGACGGCCUUCCCGGAGAGGAAAUCCCUCCCGUACCCGCUGGACUCCCUCAGGGUCCCCCCGCCUCUCACACCUCUCAACACCAUCAGGAACUUUACGCUCAGUGCGCCCUCGACGGCUGCCGACGGUCCGAUGGCCGCCGCUUUCCCCAACCACCAGAACCUCCCUCUCAGGCCCAUCUUAAGACCCAGGAAGUACCCGAACAGACCGAGCAAGACGCCCGUCCAUCAGCGGCCGUACCCGUGCCCGGCGGAGAGCUGCGACCGCAGGUUCUCCCGCUCGGACGAGCUGAGUCGCCACCUGCGCAUCCACACCGGCCACAAGCCCUUCCAGUGCCGCAUCUGCAUGAGGAACUUCAGCCGCAGUGACCAUCUCACCACCCACAUCCGCACGCACACCGGGGAGAAACCUUUCUCCUGCGACCAGUGCGGGAGAAAGUUCGCCCGGAGCGACGAGAGGAGGCGGCACAUGAAGAUUCACCUCCGGCAGAAGGAGAAGAAGUCCUCUGCGUCCUAAUCCUCACCCACUGCUGAAUGUAAACUUUUUGAACAUGAGCUCAAUGGGCUCAAUGGGCUCCUGCCUCAGCCUGCCUGCCUGCCUGCCUGCCAUCAGAGCCCAGAUGUCCUCUUUUAGUUUCUGUUCUGUUCUCACAAAGAGUGGACACGGGGAUCAGACAUGUGUUUGUUCCCGCCUUCAUUAUUUAUCACAACAACGAAACCAUCACCAGUCAAUGGCCCACAUUACUAACAGAACUUUAAAUUCCAUGAAAAACAAAGGGAGUUUGGUCCAUACCACUGAACAGCAGCGGGUGUCAGUGUGCCAGGUCUCAAUAAACACAGUUUGUGUAGAACUGCUGCAGCUGGCUUUAGUGCCCUGUGGCAAGGCAUCGCGUCUGCUGUCUGUGCUUCAUAUUCUCAGGGAUUCACUUACAAUUCAGGCUGCAAAGAUGAGACCAAAAUCCUGCAAGCGAGUGGCGCCUGAGUGAUGCAGGAGCGGUUAACUGCUGCCACGCUGCCUCCAACUGUGGGUGGUUGAGUUUCAGUUGCAGUCAAAUGCACGAAACCGCUGAGAGAAAAGUCACAGCGUUGGUCUCCAAACACACACUGAGAUGCAGUUUCUCCUGAACAUCCACAUCACGGUCACUCAGCGCCAUCGUGUAGCUGAAAACAUGUUUUAACAUACUUAAAAUUCAUUUUGCAGGGGUCACAAACAACAGAUUCCCAAUAAAAAAGUCAAUAAUUUGUUUUUCUUAACAUUCGGACGUGUUGACAUAAACACAAAAGAUGCUGAACGGUGAUCACCUUCACUGUUUCACUAUGACUCUACCUGCUGUUUGAUGUUUUAAAAAUGCUUGAUGGAGUCAAGACAGGAUGAGAAGAUGAAGUGACGUCAGCGGGCACCCAAGAGAGUUUGUGACGUCACGAAGGGGCGGGGCUAACGUGGGAAAGUGACCAGAUGCAGCAAUAUGAAGCGUUUUUUUUUAAACCUGGUUUUGUAUUGUAUUAGAGAUGUUGAAGCGACGAUGAAUGAGUGUGUUUCAUUUAUGCACCUGGUGAACUUUGGUUUACACUUUGUGACAUCCAGCACAUGUAACUCAGAGGGGGUUUUAUGAGAUUGUAGCCUGAUAAUCUGUCACUUUCUGGUUUAGAUUUCAAGUUUUUUGGCUGCUUGACACUUGAUCCAACCAGCAUUUCUACCUGAUGAAUGUGAGAGAAAAGAGUCACUGGACGAAUUAAAGUUCUGUUUUUGUGUUUUGUAAUUUUUAUGCAAACAAGUCGAGCACUAAAAGCUUUUAUUCUGCUGGACUGAUGCUUCUUGUCAAUGCAAAUAAAUGUUGAAUCGUCGA